UAUUCAUGUAAUGAAAACGCUUUAAAAGCCGUCAUAGAUACACUCUUCACUCCUCAUCGCAACUUGGAUUAAGAAGCGAGUCGGGAAUUGGGAAUGGGCUUGAUAUGGGCCACGGCGGAGGAUUUGAGCCGCAACAGAGCCCGAGUGCUGUCGCUUUAUAGGCAAAUUCUGCGGAGCCUGAAUUCGCCGGCGUUGCCGCUGAGCUUCGCGGCGAGGCUGGCGAAGAAGGCGGAGGUGCGAGCAAUGUUCUGGGUGGGUUCCGAUGAACGCUCAGUGCACAACAUUGCUGACCUAAUCGACGCCGCAGAGUACUCUCUCUCCUUUCUCAGAAAAGGCCAACUGCCUCCCCGUCAUAUUAACUGAACAAUGCUCACAUGCUUUCUGAUUUAUAUUUAUAUUUAUAAUUUUUAUUUAUAAUGUAGAUACAUAGAUAAGUGUAUGUAUAAUUGUAUGAUUGUAUAAAUGCUCUCUGUAAAUUUAUAAUUUUUGGAGCAA